AUGACAAACUACCAUUUGGAAUCUGUAAGAACACACAUUUUCAAAAAAAAAAAAUAAUAUUAAACCUUUCUUCAGGAUUUUCAUAUUGUAUGCACAUUUUUCUAUUCAAUUGUGAGUUUUCAAUUGUGAAGAAAUUCUUUCAAAUUUUCAAUAUAUGUUUUCAGGUCCUUUUGAUUGCUGUGAUGGCCUUAUUAGCACAGAGAAAUCGACAAUAUCGAACUGAAGAACGAAUGCAACAACUAUGGCUUAAUCAGAUUUAUGAUUCGUAUGCCAUGUAAGUUUGCAUUGUUUAAUUCAUAGUUCCAUUUAUUUUUAGCCGCUCCAAAACUUUGCAACUUCGGAUCAAGCAACUUUCUGAUCAUCGAAAUGUCUAUCUUGGAGAUGAAACAAAUAAAAAUCAAUGA